UUUUUUUUUUUUUUCAUGAUGUUAAGCUAAUGUCUCAGUCAGUUUUCUCAGUCAGGAUUACAAGAAGAAGUACUCCGAGCAGAUCCUUUUUUGAUACGAUGAGGCUGUGUCUAUUAUCCUACAUCGUCUGCUUGAUGGCUCCUGUUUGCCUCAGUCAACUUCAAGGUUGUCCUGGACCCAAAGGUGAAAGAGGGUUCCCAGGUCUUCCAGGAGUUAAUGGGAGACCUGGUUCACCUGGAUUAAGUGGGAUACCUGGGUUAAAAGGGGACAAAGGAUACAGUGGACUGCCUGGGGAGCCUGGAAGACCUGGAUGUAGUGGGAUAUGUUUACAAGAUAUCGUUGCUUCCAGCUGCCCGGACCUCAAAGCCUUAGAGAAAAGUGUUGUUGAGUUAGAGUUGACUAUAAACUACGACUUUGUCCGGAGAGUUGGUCAGAAGUACUUUGUGUCCAACAAACAGAGAGACUCCUUCUCCGAAGCCGUCAAGUUCUGCUCCCAGCAAGGCUUAGAGCUGGCUUUGCCUCAGAACGAGGAGGAGAACAACAUGAUCACUCAGUUCUUUGGGGAUGUUUACAAAAUGGCCUGGAUCGGUGUCAACAAUAAAAAAGCAGAGGGGAAUUUUGGGGCUGAUAUGAAAAACCGACUUCUGAGCUUUACCAAGUGGGGAGCAGGACAGCCAGACAGAUCUAUCUUGGACACCGGCUGCACCAUGCUGUUAGAAAACGGUGUCUGGAGUGUAACACAUGAAUGCUUCCUGAAUGGUUUCAUCAUUUGUCAGAUAUAGAAGGUUUCAAUCACUUGCAAGUUGUGUUUUAAUUCAAUGCAUGCCAAAGUAUACAUAUAAAGCACUUAAUAGAAAGUUGUUGGUUUCCAGCUGAAGUGUUAAGUUUAGUACUACGGUAUUAUUCCAUUAAAAUGGGAUUUUUCAAACCUGGGACCUGUUUAAGAUGUAUAAUCGACCAGCGGGUUCAAAUUGUUGUGUACUUGCUCAAUGAAAUCCUUUUGGUGGACUUUCUUGAGGAAAGAAAUGGCACACUAUUUCAUGAUGAUGAUAUUUGUAAUUCAUGUGAUAGUUUAUUUUUCACUUUUCUCCAAUGGUUCUUAAUCUGUCCUGACAAAAUAUGAUUGUUAUUUAGUUGAAUUUUCUAAUAAAGUUAGUUUGACUAGG